UUACCGCAAACUACAAACAUAGACAAUUUAUUAAAAAUAUUAUAAGAAUUGUAUUACCCUAAAUAAAGUGCUUUUAAAUAGUAUAUUAACGAUACAAAUUGUAAAGAAAAUCUUAAAAAACCGAAUUUAUUAACUCUAAGCCGCUCAGCGACCAUUUGUAAAUGAAUUUUGUCGUCAGCAGUUUUGUGGUGGUGGUUGAAAUCUAAUGUACGCUGUUAUUCGUACUUCUUUGUUCGGGUUGUUAACAUCAGACGAGAUUUGACAAGUGCAGUUUUUUAUUUAAACAUUUGCAAGUAAACAAAAAUAAAAAUCGAUAUAGAAAAGAAUCUAAGGGGGUCUCUGCAUACAGACAUAAAAACACACAAAUAAUAAAUAGGUUAAUGCCCCUUAAAAAAGAAUUUCGUAUACAAUAUUUCAUUGCCGAAGCGAAAGAAAGUCUGCUUAGUCGACCUUGAUUUUUAACAGUGAUAGGAGCUGCAAAACACAGUCAUCAUAUCAGUCAGCAUAUCAGCCAGCUGUUCCGUAAAAGAUAAGGUGUUGAAAAAAAACUUGUUUUCUCAAAUUAAUACAUUAAGAGGCAAUUAAAAAAUUAUUAAUAAAAUGGCUAAUUAUUCUGGUGAUGUAAAAUUAGACGAGCAGAUAGAGUUGUGGUUAAAAUGGGAUCGUAAUGAAAAUACCCUUAAAGAAGUGCAAAAAAUGGUGGCUGCUAAGGACUGGGAACAAUUGCGUAAACGUUUAAUGGAUCGUUUGGCCUUUGGUACGGCUGGAUUACGUGGUUGCAUGCGUGCUGGUUUUGAUUCAAUGAAUGAUUUGGUCAUAGUCCAAACUGCCCAGGGUUUGUGUGAGUAUGUUAAAACACAAUAUCAACCUGAAGAAUAUGAACGUGGCAUAGUAUUUGGCUAUGAUGGACGUUAUAAUAGCAAACGUUUUGCUGAAUUAUCGUCCACAAUAUUUAUUCAGAAUGGUUUUAAGGUCUAUCUUUAUACCCGUAUGGUGGCUACACCAUUUGUGCCUUUUGCCAUUGUACAAAAGAACUGCUUGGCUGGUGUCAUGGUGACCGCUUCACACAAUCCUAAAGAAGACAAUGGCUAUAAAGUGUACUGGGGCAAUGGUGCCCAGAUUAUAUCACCCCACGACAAGGGUAUACAGCAGUCUAUACUCGAUAAUUUAGAACCUAAAGAUUCGUCUUGGAAUACUGAUAUUUUAAAGGAUUCUCCUCUUUUACAAGAUCCAUUUGAAGAAAUGUAUAGCGCCUACUAUAAAACAUUAAAAGCUAAUAUUCCAGAUAAAUUUUUGGAAACAAAUGAAAAACAAAAAUCAUUGGGCAAAUUGAAGUUUGUUUAUACCGCUAUGCAUGGUGUAGGUUGGCCCUAUGUGGAAAAGGCUUUUGCAGAAGCUAAUUUACCAGAACUUUUACCCGUUGAGGAGCAGAAAGAAGCAGAUCCAGAAUUUCCCACAGUCAAAUUUCCAAAUCCAGAAGAGGGCAAAAGUUCAUUGGAAUUGUCUAUAAAAAGAGCUGAAGCCGCAGGUGUUACUACUAUUUUGGCAAAUGAUCCAGAUGCUGAUCGUUUGGCAUGUGCCGAAAAGGAUCCAAAAACUGGACAGUGGAAGGUCUUCAAUGGCAAUGAACUGGGCGCUCUUUUAGGCUGGUGGUGUGUAGAGAACUAUAAAGCUCUACAUCCCGAUGUUAAACUAUCGGAAUGUUAUCUCUUGGCCAGCACAGUAAGUUCCAAAAUUUUACGCUCCAUGGGCAAUAUGGAUGGUUAUAAUUUUGUUGAAACUCUAACGGGUUUCAAGUGGAUGGCCAACCGUGGCAUUGAAUUAAUGAAGGAAGGAAAACAGGUUCUGUUUGCCUUUGAAGAAGCCAUUGGUUUUAUGUUUUCCACUGCCGUACUCGAUAAAGAUGGCGUUAGUGCGGCCACUCAUUUAGCCACCAUGGCUUGUUACAUUAAAGAAACUCAGGGUAUUUCCUUGAUAGAGAAAUUAAAUGAAAUUUACGAAAAAUACGGUUAUCAUUGCACAAAUUGUUCGUAUCUAUUUUGUGAUAAAGCUCCCGUCAUUAAGCGUAUUUUUGAACGUUUGCGCAAUUUCCAAGAUGGCAAACCAGCCACAUAUCCUCAAUCGAUACUUAACGGAGAGUUUGCCAUUAAAUAUGUACGAGAUUUGACAACAGGUUUUGAUACCUCGCAAGCAGAUGGUAAAGCUCGUCUACCUGUUAGUUCAAGUACACAAAUGAUUACAUUUACAUUCGAAAAUGGCCUAGUGAUUACUUUGCGCACCAGCGGUACUGAACCAAAGAUUAAAUAUUAUGCUGAAUUAUGUGCUAAGCCAGAGGAAAAAGAUUGGCAGGGAUUAAGAGAAACUCUAGAUCGUAUGGUUGAUGCCAUAGUUGAAGAAUUCCUACAGCCUGCUGUAAACGAUUUAAAGCCAAAAACAGAUUAAAAUAUACAUAUUUUGAAUUUAGUCAUUUAAGUAUAUAAGUAUAUGUGUGUGUAGUAUCUAAAGUAUAAUAUUAUACUUUUUUAGUAUAUUUUAUAAAUUUUUUUAAAUAGACAGUUUAUAAGAUGUAUUUUUUUGUUAUCUUUGUUGCAUGUGUAUAUGUGUGCGUGUAUACUAAAAUGCGACGAAACACAUUCCUUAAUGUGUUAUCCUAUAUUAUAUGUUUGAACCAGUAUACUUUUUUCGAGCGUUUUACGUCUUCGCAUUUUAUAUUUAUGCACAUUAUUUUUACAGCUUUUUUUUGCUAUUUGUUUUCGACUCAAAGAUACAUUUGUCAAAAUCAAUUUCAAUGUACAAGUUUAUAUACACAAUGUUUUAUUAAAAUUAAAAAUUGGCUAUACCUAUAACAUAUUUAUUAUCUUUCCUACCUGUGUAAAAGUUAAUUUACAUUUAUUAGAUUUUAAUUUAUUGACAAAUAUACUAAUGUUAAUACAAUACAAACAUAAACCAACAUACUUUUAUUACUGCGCUAUUAUUGUCUUAUCACAAGUAAAUCAUUCCGAUCGAAAGUCUUUAACAAAAAUAAACGUAAGCUUAGGAAUUGAAACCUUUGUGAGCAGUCCUGAUAAUUGUGUAAACUGUUGAUUUAACAUCAUUAUUGAAACAUAGAUUUUCCAUAUACUAGUGGUAUUUUUUGUAAUUUAUAACCAAAUAAAAUAACAUAAAUAAAAGUAUAUUAUAAAA